AUGGCCAGCGAGAGGCUCAAGGAUGAGAUCGCGAACUUCCUGCUAGACAGGGAGCUGAUCGGCGGCAUGCUCGCACGCGGCGUCGUCGCGUGUGCGGACGUGGCUGCCCUUGUUCUGCAGCCUCUCCAGCAGAGCGACGCGGCGGGCCCCCAUCACGUGGCGGCCCUCGUCGCGUCUCGCCCCGAUGCCCACAACCUGAGGAUGGAGGACGGGGCUUUCGAGGUGGACCUGCUCACAGAAGUGUUGAACCAUUUCACCAAUCACCGCUUGUCUGCGGCAGACAUGGACGACGUGUACGAGAUGGUAGGGCCGCCGCCAAUGCUGCGGCAAGCCAAGUCGAGACGCUACGCGAAGACCUCGGCUCUGCCGCGCGGGAGUGCGAGCGCGUCGUCGCUGGCGCCACAGACGACGGCGCCUGCCGAACCCGCGGCAGUCACCCCCUACGCGCCCGUGGACCGAGAUACCUUGGCAGCUCGCUUGGAAUUGAGGGACGAGGAGGUCGCUCAGCUGAAGGAGGAGAUCCGUAAGCUUAGGGGGAGCAGGCAGCUCUGCAUGGGGAUGGCCGAGAAGUUGGAAGUGGACCUGCACGAUGCGAACCAAAAGAUCGCCACCUUGACCGCGGCCGUGAACUUUCGGACAGGGCGGAACGCGACCGUGCACGGAGGUUACUCCCUCGCCGUCAGGAGGAACCUGGGGCGCGCAUCCACUGCGGCAACCCUGGCCAUGGUGACGGGCGACGGAGAGGGUAGCGUCGAGGACCCGAACACAGUGGUUAGCUACGAGCACCGCGCAGCUGUUGGAAAGGUCCUCCGUUCCAGAGUGUUCUACGACGACGACGUGGGCGUCGUCGCGGACCAGCUCGAGAUCCACCCGUUGGAAUGCGACGCGACCAAUGCGGAGCUUAUCCAGAGGAAGAAAGUACACGUGUCCAUGAUGCACAGUUCCAUCUGCAACCUCUCGCACGCGGCCUCCUUGAACUCUGGGGACCCCGCGCCGACUGACGUGGCUGAGGCUGCGGAGACCCACUCGAUCACGGGUGACCUCCUCACAGUCGAGAAAGAUAGCGGCCCCGAGACCCUCGCCUUCAUGCAGACGCACCUGGAAUCCGUCUACUGCCCCCCAUGGCAGAGCCGCGCGUCUGCGACCGCUGAGGAGAAGCCUUUCUUCGCGUCCGUGUACGGGUUCGGCGUGGACGCGGGCCCUGGCAACCAGUGCGAUUUGAGGAAGGUCCGAGAACAAUUGCAACACGCCCCGCCUCGCGUAAUGUUUUGCGCGAUGUUCUGCUUCAUGCAUCAGGUCCACCUCAUUGUGAAAGAUUUAUUGGUUCGCACGGAAGGCUUCGAGUGGGGGCCGCUGAAGGACGGCAAGCGGUAUUGGGGGACCGUGGCGACGGUCGCCAGCGUGUGGCGUCCGCCAUCGAUGUCCCUGGGGGCAGCAGACGUCGCGCACCGUUACUUCAGGAAGUCGCCGGGGCAGCCGCUUCGCGGCCGAUGGGGCAGCGCGUCGGCGGUGGAGAAGCUGAUCAUCGAGGCCAAGACGUUUACCGGCGCAGUCUUCAAGCAGGCCUUCGGCAAGGAUGCGGCGGGCCCAGCCCCCAUGGGGAAGGCCAAGGCGAAGGCCGCUGCCAAGCCCAAGAAGAAGAGAGCCGCGAAGGUCGGGGAUGACGAGGAGGCCGCGCACAGACAACAGCAGGGCGAUUGGAGGGGCACCGCAGUGGCGUGCACGGGCGACGCAAUGUGGCUUGCCAUGGUUCACAUUUCGUACAUCGUGAAGGAGCCCCUCACAGUGUACUUGUACGCCGCGCAGAAGAAGAAGGGCGAGUACGAGAGGAAUGUGAAAGACGCUCAGCCCAGUGCAUACCUGGGCCCAAUCCCUCUAUCGGACCUGGUAGCUACAGCUGGCAGAGGGGCCAACGUCUACCGCGACCUCCAGGCACUCUUCUCGGACGACGCUCAGGGCGCGGGAGGAUCUUGGGAACCCGUGUGGGGGCUGCUUCCUGCUGGGACGGAGCCUCGCGCCCGCCUUCUCAUUGUCGCGCUUUGGUUGCGGGCGUUGGCGGGAUGGUCGGCGCGGAUUCUCAAGCGCACGGGGGAAUUUCCGCUCCUGCUCCUUCGCGUCUUGGACGAUCCACGCGGCGAUGAUUCUGCCGACCGCUGGGGGAUAGCGGCGGCGCUGCUGCGGCGCGACAGGGGCAGCUUGGUGAGCUUGAACGGAGACCUCGCGGGGAAGAUCCGAGACUUGUUCAGGGACGAUUGGCGGGCCAUGGUGGAGUCUGGACAAUGCAGCGCCAGGCUCUACGUUUUCUUGCUCGUCUGGAGAAUCCGCCUUCCACGCGACACCCAGGGCCUGGAGGGCGCCAACUCAGUCCUGCAGCGCAUGGCUAGGAUAGCGCCAAACCUCCACAUACCAUUGGCUUCGGACCGCCUUCGCCUGAAGCUCGGGGCGCCCAUUGGGGCGGAGGACUGCGUCGACCUCCACGGCGCCAUCAUGGACCAGUUCAGGACGCACGACUACGCUGGCAGAUUUCUGCCCGUGGUUGUAGCAGAACCUCUCGAAGCAGCUGGCCCGCCGCCGCCGCCCGCUUUCCCCCGCUGCGACGCCGCGAUUCGGGCCGCAGCAAGAUACGCCUAUGUCGCAGGGGCGCUCAUGCCCACUUACAUGGACCGCGCCUUUACGUUCGUAGAGGGCGCGGGCGAGGACAGGGCGGCCUUCUUGAUGUGCUGGAGCUAUCACUCGGAGGUUUCGUGCGCCACGGGCGUGCUGCGCCCGCUGGGCGGCGGCGCCUGGUUCUUCCACUUGGACCGCCCCGUGCGGAUUGCGACGCUGACGGAGGUCAUCGGGGAGAUGGCGGCGGAGGCAAUGGGCAAGGGCCUGGGCAAAGGCGGCGCAGCGGCACCCUUGCCCGCGCGGUCGGGCAUCUUGGAGCGGUUAUCGCUGCACCGCGCCAAGUACCGCGAUGAGGAGGUGGCGGAGGUUACCCCGAAGCCGCCUAAAGCUGAUGCAGACGGGAAGCCCAUCGACGCGGGCCUCGAGGACAUCGUCGCAGCGGCGAUGGGCGACGUCAUGGAGGAAGAUGGUGAAUGCGACGGCGCUGUCGGCGGCGACGGCCACGGACGCGGGGGCGAUGACGGCCUUGGGGGCCAUCCUGAGGACGCAGAGCUGGACGAGGAGGGCGCGCCCGUUCCUGAACCUGAUGAGGUCGAUGCCCCCGCUGGGCACGGGGUCGACCCGGACGGGCACGGGGGCGGCGACGGUGGGACCGAUGAACCGCUGGGCCACGGCGGCGGCGACGAUGGGCACGGCCGCGGCGGCGAUGGGCACGGCGGCGAUGGCAGCAGUGGCGACAGUGCCCCCGCCAGCCCUGGUGGCCCUGCUCCUGGCGCCCCGGUCUUGGGCGUGGACUGGGUCGGACCGCGGGUUGUAGCGCAACGGAAUCGGGCAGCGCGUGCCCUCCGCGAUGCUCACCGCAACGCCGAUGCCAGGCGGGGCGAGGCAAUCGACUACGGUACCAUUGGCUUGGUUACAACGCCCGACGGGAGGUGCUCGUUCGUGCUCUGGACGGACGUUGGGAGGAGACGCGCCAGGCCCGUGCGGAUUGACUCCGAUGGCCGCAUCAUAUCCAUGAUGCACUUUGCCCAGCCGGAUGGCGACUACGCCGACGCAGUGGUCGUGGUCGGUAAUGCUGGCUUAGUCCAACCAUACCGGAAGCGCAAGCACGAGAGGCCAGCCGUUGAUCCUUGGCUAUUGCUUCUGCAGCUCGAGGGGAACACGCAGUUCAGCCAAGGGCCGCUGCCUCUCGCAAGCUCCGACCCCAACUAG